AUGGUGACUGUUAGAUGUGUUUUGUCACUGGCUGCCAUACAUAAUUGGCAUAUUUUUCAUUUGGAUGUCAAUAAUGCCUUUUUAUAUGGAGACUUAGAUGAAGAAGUUUUCAUGAAAGCACCUCCUGGUUAUCUACCUAAGGGGGACACAAGAUCAAAAGCAGAUUAUUCUUUGUUUACCAAGAAGGAAGGUACCUCAUUUGUGGCACUACUACUCUAUGUGGAUGAUAUCCUACUUGCUAGCAGUGAUUUAGAGGCUAUUGAAUCUGUCAAAGCAGCUUUAACAGUGAAGUUCAAGUUGAAAGAUUUGGGUCCAGCCAAAUUUUUUCUUGGCAUGGAAAUUGCAAGAUCACAAAAGGGUAUUUCUUUAUCUCAAAGAAAAUAUACUCUAGAAUUAUUAGCAGAUUUUGGUUUACUUGCUGCCAAACCUGCAUUAUUUCCUAUGGAUACUCAUGCAAAAUUGUCAAAAACUGAAGGUGAAGUAGUUGAGGACAUUUCUGGAUAUCGAAGAUUAAUUGGAAGAUUAAUAUACCUUACUCAUACCAGACUAGACAUCACAUUUGCAGUCCAUCAUUUAAGCCAAUUUUUGGAUACUCCUCGAACACCACACCUCCAAGCAGCAAUGAGAAUUCUGAGGUAUUUGAAAUCUACUCCUGGGCAAGGUUUGUUUUUUUCCAGCUCUUCAAAUAUUCAUAUAAAAACCUUCUCGGAUUCAGAUUGGGCCAGCUGCCCAGACACUAGAAGGUCAGUUAGUGGAUAUUGCGUUUUCAUUGGUGAUUCAUUAAUAUCUUGGAAAUCAAAGAAGCAGCACACGGUUUCUAGAUCAUCAGCAGAGGCAGAAUAUAGGUCAAUGGCCUUUACUGUUUGUGAGAUAACAUGGAUUCGAGCAUUGCUUAAUGAUUUACAUCAGUCACACAGCCAACCAGCAGUAUUGUUUUGUGAUAAUUAG